CCAGUACACUUGUUGGCUCGGACGAUCCAGGGCACCGCCAGUUCAGAAAACGGCAGCUUCGACUAUGACCAGUCCUGGAUUUGUGCACUGGGUAACCUGCCCUCGCUGCAGCGUCGUCACGUGGCCAUCGCUCGACUCAAACACCCGGCCAACAUGGGCAGAACCAGCAAGCAGGUCAAGCUCUUCAUCCUUGUCCUGUGCCCUAGCAAGGAGAAAGGUACCAAGAAUUCGCUGGAGACUGGACGCACCUUCGCCACAAUCUUCGCUGAUAUGGACUUCCGGCAGAGACUCCUGGAGGCGACUAAUGAGGAAGAGUUCAAGCGGCUCAUCAUCAAGCACUCGCAAGAACUUGCAGAGGAACAACAGAUGAGCAACGACAAGCGCAUAGAGAUGAACCACGAAAGAGUCGACGAAUUUGAAUAUCAGGAAAAACGGUGUUCAUUCGCCCGGGGCCUGCGGGAGGACCUAGAGCGGCGGAUGCCUCACUACCUCUCAGACUACAGGGAUGGAGUUAUUGGCCAUAAGACGCUGCAGAAGGUCAUCUCCACCACAUUCUUCUUGUACUUCGCCUGCAUUCUGCCAGCCAUUGCCUUUGGGGUCCUCAAUGAUCACAACACGCAUGGCAAUAUAGAUGUGAAGAAGGUGAUCAUUGGGCAGGUGAUAGGUGGAGUGUUUUGGGGGCUUUUCUCUGGCCAGCCUCUCCUCAUCCAGCUCACCACAGCUCCACUCGCCAUCUACAUCAAAAUUAUAUAUUAUAUCUGCGAUGACUUCAAGUUAAACUUCCAUGCAAUGUACUGUGCAGUGGGAAUGUGGAACAGUUUCUUCCUGGUGAUGUAUUCACUGUUUGAUGUAUCUCGCCUCAUGCGGUGGUCCACACGCUCUACUGAGGAGAUCUUUGCCCUCUUCAUCUCCAUUGCCUUCUGCAACGACGCCUUUACUGCUGUCGGAAAGAAUUUUAAUGCCAACUACUACAGCCCGGCCUGCCAAGGCCUAACCAACAACACCAACUACACCUCAUAUUCCAUAGGCACCCCUUCCACCUUCACUAUCUUAAGCAAUUACUCAGAUGCUUACUCAACACCUGGCAUCCCAGAAGCAGGAGAGGGUGAGGCAACCCUGACCUUGGUGCCAGAUGUGUGUACUAGAGAGAACUCCAUCCUCUACCUCCUGCUUAUGUUUGGCACGCUCUGGCUUGGAGUGAUGCUCUACAACUUUAACAAGACACCGUACCUGAAUGCCAACAAGCGCGAAGCUCUGGCUGAUUAUGCUCUGCCUGUUGCAGUCAUUGUCUUAUCCUUCAUUGGGUCAUACGUCUUCCGCGACGUCAAGCUUAAGAAUGAGAUGGAACACUUCCGGUAUGACAACAGCUAUGACAUGUUCAAAUUACCCCCAUUGGAGACGCUGCCUUACCCAGCAGUGUUUGCUACGAUGGGCCUGGGCUUCUCACUAUCAAUGCUCUUCUUCAUGGAUCAAAACAUCGGCUCUGCCAUGGUCAACAACCCAUGCAAUAAGUUAAAGAAAGGUCCAGCGUACCACUUGGACCUCCUCGUGGUGGCAUUCAUGAAUGGGUUUCUCUCUCUCUUUGGAUUACCUUGGAUGCAUGCGUGUCUACCACACUCGCCUCUACAUGUCCGCUCUCUUGCUGAUGUUGAAGAGCGGGUUGAGCAGGGGCAUGUGUAUGAAAUAAUUGUGAAGGUGCGUGAAACCCGGCUGACUGGACUUUUCUCCAAUAUUCUCAUCGGGUUGUCCAUCUUCCUGUUACCUUAUCCACUGGCUUACAUCCCAACAGCAGUGCUUGAUGGCCUCUUUCUUUAUAUGGCUGUUACGGCACUCAAUGGAAACCAAAUGUUUGAACGUAUCUCAUUACUCUUCAUGGAACAGGGUCCGCGUAAAACGAGAAACGCGUAAACGAAAUAACUGAACAUAUGGGAUUAAUUGAAAUAGAGACUGGGCCGACCUCCAAACUACACUUUUUCCGACACGGUAGUAUGUUUUACUAAAAAUAGCAUAUUAAUUUUAUGAUGUUAUGCACACACAAUUAAUAUUUAAGAGAAAUAUCAAUAAUAUUAGGUUUUUUAACACUUACGUUAGUAGAAAAGAUGGCUGGCCACACGGGGAUGGGGGGUUGGUUCCGAAGCA